CUAGAGGAAGAUUGCCUUGGCCAAUUAGAAGAUGGGAUACAAUCGUUUUAGGAAUAUAUCCCUCCCCCUGGCCUUUCAAGCAAAUUAUCCGGCUACUCUUCAUCUGCGGCAGUUUCCCUCACGAACCGCUUGUGUAUUUGCGCAUGGACUCCCGCACUAAACCGCCGAUUCGCGCAAGUGGAAUAUGGGGGUAGGAGAGUGUGUUCUGUUUAUUCGCUGGAGUGUUCGGCAUAAAGGCAUCCUUGUGUAAUCUACAGGUUGUGUUGCUCUUGCCUGGUAGACCUUACCUAGGUGUUUCUUGACAUAGUCGUCAAUUUUCUACCUAACAUAUAGGGGAACCAAAAGAUGCAGUGGCGCUCUCUUGCAACUCUGGCGGCGCUCUUGUCAGCGCCGGAUGCCGCCUACGCGCAGCAGAUGAUGCGAUUCUCAUGCUCGAAGCUAACAAUCGAGCGUCUGGAUCCGCUGGUGUCCCCGGGGAUGAAUCAAUCGCCACACAUGCACCAAGUUGGCGGCGGUAACUCCUUCACAGCAACUAUGACGCCUGUUGAGUAUGACCCAGUUAAGGAGUCGACUUGUACUUCAUGCAGCUUCUCGGAAGACUUUUCGAACUACUGGACCGCCAAUUUGUUCUUUAAAGCUCGCAAUGGGACUUUGAAACGUGUACCACAGCUGGUUAAUAUGGGCCUCAAGGCUGAUGGCGGGUUGACAGUGUAUUAUAUUCCGCCAUAUGAUGGAAAGAGUAAUGUCACGGCAUUCAAGCCGGGGUUCCGCAUGUUGGUCGGGGACGCGAUGCUACGGCAAGCCGAGGGCCAGCAGCGCCAACUCUGCCAUCGAUGUUUUGCCACGAUUAACCAGGUGCCGUUCGGAGGCGCUCCUUGUACUGGCGAUGACACGGCAUCGCUUCCUUCUAAAAUGUGUAACGGCGGUAUUCGCACAACGAUUACGUUUCCAACUUGCUGGGAUGGAGUGAACGUUGACUCGCCCGACCACAAGAGCCACGUCGCAUACCCCGAGACAGGAACAUUUGAAAGCAGUGGCCCCUGCCCAGCUAGCCAUCCCGUCAAACUACCUCAACUCAUGUACGAAAUCAUUUGGGACACCCGAGAAUUUAACGACCCGGAUAUGUGGCCCGAAGAUGGGUCCCAACCUUUUGUGUAUAGCAUGGGAGACGGCACGGGUUACGGUCAGCACGGUGACUAUAUCUUCGGUUGGAAGGACGACGCAUUGCAGCGAGCUUUGGAUGCUAGGUGUAGCAACGAUCGCUGCUCAGAGCUCAAGUCACAGUCGGCGGAAGAGGCGAUGCGGUGUACGCUCAACCAAACUGUCCCUGAGAAGUACGACGGAUGGUUAUCUCAGCUUCCUGGCAACUGGACCAUCACUUACAGUUGAACUGGAUAUAAAUACUAGGUAGGAAUACGGGUACUAGUUUGUUUCCAUUUCCGUAGAAUGAAUGUUUU